AUGGAGUUCACGAGUCCAACAUACGGCACGGCUUUUCCCAGGCCUCCUGAAAUCGAGCAAAAUUCGACCAAGUUCCUUCGACACAUCCUAUUCACAAUCGACUCCUCAUUGAAAUUUAUCGAUUCACAGGCUCCGGAACAGAGAGUGUUGUCUGGUUUAAUGGUUGUCUAUAAUGGUGUCAAUGCGUACUAUUAUGGUCGGAGAAAGGACAACGUUGAGAAUGGAUCCGUGGAAGUGCUAGAAGUGGGAAAGAGCACGAUGAAUGUGGAGGAUCAAGAGAUGGAGAUGAAGAUGGAAGUUCUGGUACCAGGGAGAUAUAACAUGGGGGUAAAUGUGAACUUGGAAGCCUGA